AUGAAGAGAAACUUAAAUGAAAAUUCAACUCGAAGUACAGCAGGCUGUUUGCCUGUACCAUUGUUCAAUCAAAAGAAGAGGAAUAGACAGCCAUUAACAUCUAAUCCACUUAAAAAUGAUCCAGGUAUCAGUACUGCUUCUGACAGUUAUGAUUUCCCUCCAAUACCAACAGAUUGGGCCUGGGAGGCUAUGAAUCGAGAGUGGGCUCCUUUAACAAAAACAAUGAACACAAGCCAAAUACCACCUUCAGUUUCUCAUCCCCUGAGAAGUCAAGAUUCUAUUCCUAAAUCAAUUCAGUCAAAUACUGCAAGAAGCCAAAGUGGUUGGAGCUACAGAGAUGACAACAAAAAUACCAGCUUGAAAACUUGGGAUAAAAAUGACUUUAGACCUCAAUGUAAAACAACAAAACUAGUGACAAAUGAUGGAAAAAAUUCUUUUCCAGUGAAUUUGGGAACUCAGAUACCACAGAAACAAUUAAGGGUAUCUGAAACUCCUAAUUUAUCUUAUCACAGAGAAACUGAGGUUCUCAGACAAAUGUGUUCAUCAAAAGUUUCUGGCUCCACAAUAAAAGGCCCAGAUAAAAACAGUGCAUUACAGACAUUUAAGCCCAAUUUUCAACAAAAUCAAUUUAAGAAAAAAAUGUUGGAUGAUAUUCCAGAAGAAAACACUCUGAAGGAAGCCUCAUGUCAGUUACAGUUAAAGGAAAAAAAUAAUUCUCUAAGAAUUAUUUCUGCAGUUAUUGAAAGCAUGAAGUAUUGGUGUGAACAUGCACAGAAAACUGUACUUCUUUUUGAGGUGUUGGCUGUACUCGAUUCGGCUGUUACACCUGGCCCAUAUUAUUCAAAGAAUUUUCUUAUGAGAGAUGGGAAAAAUACUCUGCCUUGUGUAUUUUAUGAAAUCGAUCGUGAACUUCCAAGACUGAUUAGAGGCCGAGUUCAUAGGUGUAUUGGAAACUAUGACCAGAAAAAGAACAUUUUCAAAUGUGUUUCUGUCAGACCAGCAUCAGUUUCUGAACAAAAAACUUUCCAGACAUUUGUUAAAAUUGUAGAUGCUGAGAUGAGUUAUUAUACUAAAGUAAUGAAUGAAAUUUAG